AUGAAGUCAAUUGACGAAAAAAUAUUUUUAAAUUUGGCUUCUCUAAAAUAUUUGGAUCUCAGCAGCAAUAAAUUGAGUCAACUUAAACGCAGCCAUUUUUCUAAACUUGUUAAUUUGGAGACUCUUUUGUUGGAUAAUAAUCAAAUUAAUUCGUUUGUUUUUUACCUCUUGUGUUUUUUUUAA